AUGCUCUAUAAAUCAUUCCCCACUCAGGAAAAUUUACUGCCGGUGCCCGUCGAGGACACCCACUCGCCACAAGAAUCUGAAGAACCCGAACAAACACCAGACGAUCCAGAGGUCACUCCAGAGCUUAAAAAUAAACCCGAAGAACCAGAACAGGAGAUACAACAGGAAGUGAGUGAAGAUUUGGUAGACAAAGAAGAAUCGAAAGACUCGGUUGAAGAAUCGGAAGAAACUGCUGACGAUAUGAACAAUAGAUGGAAUUCAUCUCAACCCGUGUUAGUGAGGAAUGAGAUCAGUGCCGAAGAAUGCAAUCAAUUCCUGCUAUCGUAUCGCGAGCUCACGGAAUGGAUCAUCAAAAAAGAGACAGAGUUGUCGUCACAGCCGGCCAUUGGCGGCGAUGUGGCCGUCAUUUUGAGACAACAGGAAGAGAAUAGAAAUCUAAAGCGACAGUUGGAUGAGAAGAGACCACUCAUUGAGAACAGUCUUCUGGCCGGAAGACAAUACGUGGCCAGAGAUGACUACGGAGGACAUCAUGAGAGCAGCGACUCUGAAGUGAGAGAUUACGAGGGCGACGGUCGGUGCCGGAGUGCCGGUGGCGAUGGCGGGGAUCAGUCGGCUCGUGAGGUGACCCGCAGUAUGAGGAGAGAAGUGAAGAAACUGUCGGAUAAAUGGAAUGAAUUAUUACAGCAAACGGAGCAAAGACUGAAACGAUUAGAUGAUGUGCAGAGGGUUAGUAUCCAUACGAUUGGAUUGGCCUUGCAGAAGGGUAUGGAAGACCUGAGCGCUAAAUUACAUGCAUUAGAAACGCAUAAAACUAAAUGGCCUAACAUUACGGACAUUGGUUUGGAUCAAUUGCCUCAACAUCUCAUUGAACUGAAGUCGUUUGGCGAGAGAGUGGCGCAGAUCCAGUGCCAGACCGAGCAGGUGAACGAGUCGGCCGCUCGCAUAACCGGCUGCAAUGUCCUCCUCUCGCACUCUAAUCUCAAUUACUUGGAAGAACUCAACACUCGCUCGCGUUUACUUCAAUUGGCGGCCGACGAGCGACACAAAGCCAUAGAGCAGGCCAUCAGAGAUCACGGCUCAGCGCAGCAACAGUUCUUGAAUGCGGCCGUCGAUCACCCCUGGGAGAGGGCAGUGGCCGCCAACAAAGUGCCUUAUUAUAUAAAUCACGCGACCGAAACCACUCAUUGGGAGUCGCCGAAGUAUACGGAAAUCUUGAACUCGUUGUGCGAGUACAACGAAGUCCGGUAUAGCGCUUAUCGGACGGCAAUGAAGUUGCGGACAGUUCAGCGCCGGUUGUGUCUCGACUUAAUACCAUUGGAUAAUUUGAUUGUCAUAUUCGAUGGCUUCGGUCUUCGGGCGCAGAACGACAACCUCAUCAGUGUUCCUGAAAUGAUCAGUUGUUUGCAGAACAUCUACGAAGGCAUAGCCAACGAGCACUCGACGCUCGUUAACGUUCCGCUUUGUAUUGAUUUAUGUCUUAAUUGGUUACUCAAUCUGUACGACACUUCCACUCGAACCGGAUAUAUAAGAAUACUGUCGUUCAAAGUGGGUUUAGCGCUGCUCUCCAAUGCCUCCGUCGAAGACAAAUACAAAUAUUUGUUUCGAUUGAUUGCGAGCACCAGUGGAAGUGCCGACGAAAGAAAAUUAGGGCUUUUAUUACACGAUUGCAUACAAAUACCCCGUCUGUUGGGGGAGAUCGCGGCCUUUGGCGGCAGUAAUAUCGAGCCCUCUGUCCGCUCGUGUUUCCUUAGAGCCGGCAAUAAAAGUGAGAUCCAGGCGCCAGACUUUCUCGGAUGGCUUCAACAGGAGCCUCAGUCUAUCGUAUGGCUGCCUGUAUUGCAUCGGUUGUCACUAUCGGAGACCGCCAAACAUAAGGCGAAGUGUAAUAUCUGCCGACAGUAUCCCAUAAUUGGCUUUCGAUAUCGAUGUCUAAAGUGUUUUAACUUCGAUUUGUGCCAAAACUGCUUCUUUUCUGGCAGAAGAGCCAAACACCAUAAGAUCACACAUCCGAUGCAAGAGUACUGUGUUGUCAUCCAUUCCGGUGAAGACGUCCGAGACUUCACUCGUAUUAUUCGCAAUAAGUUUAAAUCAAAGCGUUAUUUCAAACGCCAUCCGCGAGUCGGUUAUCUUCCCGUUCAGACAGUAUUAGAAGGCGACGACUUGGAGAGUCCGAUGCCCUCCCCUUCCCAUACAUUACAUCACACAUCGCAGGACAUGCACUCGCGGCUCGAACUCUAUGCAAAUCGAUUGGCAGAAGUGGAACUAAGAGGACGCAGUAGUGUCACACCAGACGAAUCUGAAGACGAACACCAAUUGAUAGCUCAAUACUGCCAGACAUUAGGCAACGAUUAUGGAUACACUACUUAUGCUCCUCAGAGUCCCGCACAAGUGAUGGCUGCCAUUGAAGCCGACCAAAGGGAUGAAUUGGAGUCCAUUAUCCAUGAAUUGGAAGAAGAGAAUCGUGUUUUACAACAAGAAUAUGAGAUUCUCCAGAAUGAGAGAUCGACCAAUAGAUCGGCAAACUAUGGCAACAAUUAUUCAAAUCAUACAAAAAUUGGGUCCAAUAUGUUAAGUGAUUCCGAGGUGGAUGUGACGCCCCUAUCGACCCCCAGUAGGGACGAUGCAAUGCUGGCCGAAGCGAAACUCUUGCGCCAACACAAGGGACGACUCGAGACUCGGAUGCAAAUACUCGAAGAUCACAACAGACAACUCGAGGCUCAAUUGCAGCGCUUAAGACAACUGCUUGAGACGGAUCCCGAACCGUCUCACUCGCCAUCCCUGCACAGCAACACUUCAUCGUUACCCCGCAUGUCGAGCGGUCCACCACCUCAUCAUCGAAACAUUCACAACAAUAAUAACAUAUCUUCGUCUCCCAGAGCUCUUCAUCACAGUCUCACCAAUGGAUCUGAAAAUCCAGGAGCGACGGUGGCGUCAAAUCCGGUCAACAAUUUGUUGCAAACGGCCGGCAAUUUAGGCAAAGCUGUCGGCGUAUUAGUACAUGUCAUGACUGAUGACGAGACGGGAAGUGAUAAUGAAAUUAGUGUUAAGAAGAAAUGCGACAGAAUGUUCAUCAGUAAUCCGGAUGGACUCAAAAACGGCACCUUUAGGUCACCCCAUAUUACGAACGAACAAAAGCAUUCCCGUCAAUGCAUUUACACAUUCAUUGCCGCCGAGAAUGAAAGGGUUCAGAUCUCCUUCUCUCUCUUCGACUUAAGAGGAACUACACCCGACUGUAGCGGAGAGUAUGUGGACUUAUACACAGAGCUGGAGGAUCCGGCACAGGAAUUAAUCACCACUCCGUUUGGGGGCCGUUAUUGCGGUCGAACUGUGCCUCGAAAGCGAAUAUCAAUGUAUCAGACGCUGGUCUUUGGCUUCUAUUCCGAUCAGAAACAAGUCGACGACCGAGUCUUCGAAGGCUAUUACGAAUUCAUUGACGCCAGUCCAUUUAUUGUGGGAACGCCAGCCCCGCACACAACAUGCAGUUACGCCAUAUAUAGCGACCAGAAAAGAGAGGGUCAGUUCCUCAGCCCUACAUAUCCGGGAGUUUACCCGAAGAACCUGAGCUGUCAGUACCGCUUCCUCGGCAAGAAGGGACAGCGCGUUAGACUCGAGUUCAUGGACUUCGAUCUCUUCUACGGCGGCCCGCACUGUCCGUUUGAUUACAUCAAAGUAUAUGACGGCGGCUCAGAUCAGGACCCAAUCAUAAAUACUUAUUGCGGACAACAGCGUAAUCUUAUGGUGUAUUCCUCGGGAGAGAAUUUGUUCGUUCAGUUCAAUACACUGAAGAGGACGGCCGACAGUCAGAACAGAGGCUUUUCGGGAUGGUUUGAGUUCAGCGAACGAUUCGUUAAUCUCGGUUUUAUCGGGAAAAAUGACGGCCAACACAUCAAAGGCACAGAAUGUGACCAAAAAAUAUUGAGCCGUAAAGAAUCAAACGGAACCGUCUAUUCGCCAAACUAUCCAUUUUUAUACCAUUCAAACAUUGUCUGCAAGUAUUAUAUCUACGGUUUGCAAGACUCUCAACAUUUGGAAAGAGUGAACAUCGAGUUCGAGAAGUUCGAGAUUCCGGCCACCGAU